GCGGACCAUAGGGGGCGCUCGUCACGGAACUCUGCUUUGUUAACGGGGCCUCCGAAGCCGGGGUAGCCUAGGAGCGGCCGCGUUCUACGUCAGGAGCCGCUGUCGCUUCGCUCGACCUCCCGAGCGAAAUGGUCUCUCAAGUCCCGGCCACCGGGCCUCCGCGCUCCCCAUGAAGGGUCGGAGGCCGCGCGGGGAGUAGCAGCGGUCUGCAGGCGAGCGGAGACGGACACUCGGGGGACCUCUCCGACCACCGUGCUUCUGCUGCGCGCCUCCAGGCCAAUGUGCAAUACCAACAUGUCUGUGUCUACCGAGGGUGCUGCAGGCACCUCACAGAUUCCAGCGUCGGAACAAGAGACUCUGGUUAGACCAAAACCAUUGCUUUUGAAGUUGUUAAAGUCUGUUGGAGCACAAAAAGAUAUUUACACUAUGAAAGAGAUUAUAUUUUAUAUUGGACAGUAUAUUAUGACUAAAAGAUUAUAUGAUGAGAAGCAGCAGCACAUUGUGUAUUGCUCAAAUGAUCUCCUAGGAGAUGUGUUCGGAGUCCCAAGUUUCUCUGUGAAGGAGCACAGGAAAAUAUAUGCAAUGAUCUACAGAAACUUAGUGGUCGUAAGUCAGCAAGACUCUGGAACAUCGCCGAGUGAGAGCAGAUGUCAGCCUGAAGGUGGGAGUGACCUGAAGGACCCCGUGCAAGCAUCACAAGAAGAGAAACCUUCAUCUUCUGAUGUAGUUUCUAGACCAUCUACCUCAUCUAGAAGGAGAGCAAUUAGUGAAACAGAAGAGAACACAGAUGAACUACCUGGGGAACGACAGAGGAAGCGCCACAGAGCCCUGUCCUUUGAUGAGAGCCUGGGUCUGUGUGUGCUCAGGGAGAUAUGCUGUGAAAGAAGCAGCAGCAGCGAGGCCACAGACACCCCCUCACAUCAGGAUCUUGAUGAUGGCGUAAGUGACCAUUCUGCUGAUUGCCUGGAUCAGGAUUCAGUUUCUGAUCAAUUCAGUGUAGAAUUUGAAGUUGAGUCUCUUGACUCAGAAGAUUACAGCCUGAGUGACGAAGGGCAUGAGCUCUCAGAUGAGGAUGAUGAGGUCUAUCGGGUCACAGUCUAUCAGGCAGGAGAAAGCGAUGCAGACUCUUUUGAGGGAGAUCCUGAAAUUUCCUUAGCUGACUAUUGGAAAUGCACCUCGUGCAAUGAAAUGAAUCCUCCCCUUCCAUCACACUGCAACAGAUGUUGGACCCUUCGUGAGAACUGGCUUCCAGACGAUAAAGGGAAAGAUAAAGUGGAAAUUUCUGAAAAAGCCAAACUGGAAAGCUCAGAUCAGGCAGAAGAAGGCUUAGAUGUGCCUGAUGGCAAAAAAGUGACAGAGGAUGACGCUAAGGAGUCAUCUGCUGAGGAUAGUGAGGAAAAAGUGGCCCAGAUGCUCCUGUCACAGGAGAGUGACGACUAUUCCCAGCCGUCGACUUCCAGUAGCAUUGUUUACAGCAGCCAAGAAAGUGGCAAAGAGUUGAAGGAGGACACACAAGACAAAGAGGAAAGUAUGGAAUCCAGCUUCUCUCUGAACGCCAUCGAGCCAUGUGUGAUUUGCCAGGGGCGGCCUAAAAAUGGUUGCAUUGUUCACGGCAAAACCGGACACCUGAUGUCAUGUUUUACGUGUGCAAAGAAGCUAAAGAAGAGGAAUAAGCCCUGCCCCGUGUGCAGACAGCCGAUCCAAAUGAUUGUGCUCACGUACUUCAACUAGAGGGCGGGCAGACGCAGACUUUUACACUUCUAAUGUAUGACCCCCAAAUUAGACAACAUGGGUAUUAUUUUCAUGCAUUAAAGCCGGAACAUUGUCUUAGUCUACAUAAAGUUCAUUUGUAAUUUAUCCUCGAGAGUAAGAAUAGUAACUGUUUUCUUCCUUUUAGGAAAAUUUCAGUUGAUUAUUUUAUAUUUGUGUUUUAGCGUAAUUUGCAUUAGCUCUUUUCAUUUUCCUUACGUUUUAAGUAAUCUCCACUUGGAAGGACUUUUGAAAGUAUACUUUAUACAGUGAGAAGUCCUCUCCAUCUCUGUCUCUUGCAGAUAAUGAUAGGCUAUAGAAUUGUGCUUGGUUUCCUUUUUUUUCCUUGUUAAUAUUUAAUUUAUUUAGUAUCUUUCAUGUAAAGAGUUAAAGACUAUGUGAAGGAUUGAGUGUAUAUUUAAGUUAUUGAAAUUCUGAAACUCCUUAGUUCUCUUAAGUGUGAGUUGUGGGCUGCAGAGAAGAGUCAGCCGGUAAAGGCACCCACUGUGUACGCCUAAUGACACACAUUUGAUCCUUGGAACGCCCAGAAAGAGAGAAUCAGUUCCACAAAGUUGUUCUCGGAUCUCCAAGUGGAUUCAUAUACACACUUUUUUUUUUUUUUUUUUUUUUUUUUUAAGGUCUGAGUUGCAUCUGGUGAUACAUAAGUGAAAACACACACCUUGUUUUCCAGCUUUUGGUCAUAUGGGGUGUGGCACGAGUGUUGCAGUCUGUCCCAGGUUGAAAAGUCUGUGGCCCUUGAAGCACCUUCACGGCCCGCUCCAUGGUUCCUGAUGGCUGUUGAAGUUUCAGGCCUGUACUUAGUCUAGGUUUAGAAACCAGUCCAUUCAGAAAGACUAAAUCAGAGCAUGGAUAAAGUAGACCCUCCAACCAUGUAGAUGAGUCUCUUGAUUCAUAAUAAGAAUCUUCCAUUUUAAUUGAAGGGUUAUGCCUAAGUGUAGAAAACAAGUUCCCUAACUGUAUGGAGUAACCAAAGGAUAGUUCUGUAUUGAAGUGGACUUAAAGUAUCAACACUCCCCACAUGAUUUAGCAGUUAAGUCGGAGGCAGCGCCUCAGCCUGGGCAUCCUAACUCUGGACUUUGACCCAAUUUACAAUGUAAUACUGAGGUUAUAUCCUUGUGUAUUACUAGUUCUUAAAUGUUUAUUUAGGUGUGGUAGACAUACAUUAUUUAUUUGCAAAUAAAUGGUUUAUUGAAUUGCUUCAAGAGA